UGGAAUAACUGAUCUUGCGCGGCAAUGGCUCUCUUGGAAAUAUGUCUGGGCCUCCUGGUCAUCGGAUACUUGGUCUACAAAUGGAGCACUUCCACCUUCAAGACCUUCGAGGAGCGGAAUCUGCACUUUGUAAAACCAUAUCCCUUCGUGGGAAACCUGGGUGCAUCCGCCUUGCAAAGGGCCUCCUUCCAAAAACAACUCUCUGAGUUCUACAACCGCACUCGUGAGCACAAAGUUGUGGGCUUCUUCAAUCUGCGCACUCCCAUGAUUCAGUUGAACGAUCCCGAGUUGAUCAAGAAGAUCUGCGUCAAGGACUUCGAUCACUUCCCCAACCACCAGCUCUUCCUCACCUCUAACGAGCGUUUGCUAAAAGACAUGCUCAGUGUGAUGAGAGACCAGCGGUGGAAGCACAUGAGGAACACCCUGACUCCAGUUUUUACGGCUGCCAAAAUGCGGAACAUGUUUACCUUGAUGAACGACAGUUUCGCGGAGUGCCUCCAGCACUUGGACCUUUCUGCGGGCUCCAAUCCGGGCCAAAAGGGCUUCGAGGUGGACAUGAAGGUGUUGUGCAACAAACUCUCCAAUGAUAUCAUCGCCACAACCGCAUUCGGACUCAAGGUGAAUUCAUAUAACAACCCGGACAAUGAGUUCUACGAGAUCGGGCAGUCCGUCGUGUUUUCGCGUGGACAGCAGUUCUUCAACUUCAUAUUGGCCAUGCUGGUGCCCAAGAUUUUCAACUUCAUGAAACUAACCAUCUUUGAGUCCAGCAAAGUGGAGUACUUUGUUCGACUGGUGGUGGAUGCCAUCAAGUACCGAGAGCAGCACAACAUAACCCGUCCUGACAUGAUUCAGCUCCUGAUGGAGGCCAAGAAGGAGUCCGAAAACAACUGGACCGACGACGAGAUCGUGGCCCAGUGCUUCGUCUUCUUCUUCGCUGCCUUCGAGAACAACUCCAACUUGAUCUGCACUACCACCUACGAGCUGCUCCGCAAUCCUGAAAUCCAGGAGAGAUUGUACGAGGAGGUUAAGGAGACCCACGACAGUUUAAACGGAGGCUCCCUCAAUUACGACGCAGUGCAAAAGAUGUCCUACAUGGAGAUGGUCAUAUCCGAGUCCCUGCGAAAGUGGACUCUGGCCGCCUUAACCGAUCGCCACUGUUCCAAGGACUACACCCUCACAGACGAAGACGGAACCAAGAUAUUCGACUUCAAAGUGGGCGACCGUGUCAACAUUCCCAUCUCCGGGUUGCACCGCGAUGAGCGCUACUUCCCGGAACCCAUGAGGUUCGAUCCGGAGCGAUUCAGCAGCGAUCGACAUGGCGAAAUGGUGCCGUACACCUAUUUGCCCUUCGGCGUAGGACCUCGCAAUUGUAUAGGAAAUCGUUAUGCCUUGAUGCAGGCCAAGGGUAUGCUCUACAACCUUCUGCUGCAUUACAAGAUCGAGCCAUCCCCAAGGACCACGAAGGAUCUGUGGGAAUCGGCACGCGGAUUUAACUUUACACCCAGGUCCGGAUUCUGGAUGCAGUUGGUGCCACGAAAAUAACCUGAUGCCAAUAUCAAAAAAUCUGUUCAGUUGUUUUCAAAUGAAACCUGUUUAAAGAAGCACUUGUUUAUAUAACACAAGUUAGAUUAAUAAAAAUAUAUAGCAAUAUA